AUGAGACAAGAACUCGAUAUCACAAGCCAAAUCAAUGCUCUGAUAGGGACAAUCAAGUCCGAGAAACUCGAUGAAGUUACCCGGCUACAGGCCCUGAGUGCAACUCGAGGCUUGCUAGAGACCCUGGAGUCACCGGUCGAAAGGAUCAUUCAAGACGUUGUGAUGAACCCUCCCAUAUUGACUUCUAUUCGCAUGGGUGUCCAACUCGGCAUAUUCACACAAAUCAGCCAGAACCCAGAUCAUGGAGUAACUGCCCAGGAAAUCUCGGAAAGAGCUGGAGCAAGUCCGAUCAUUGUUGACCAGUUUCUCCGACUUCUUGCAGCAACAGGAUAUGUGGAUCAAAUUGAUGCACAAAAAUUUAAGCCUUCAGCUCGAACUAUGAUUAUGGCAAACCCUAAUAUGGAAGCAACCACACGCGCUUGCUUCGACAUCGGAAAUUGCUGUGCGUCAAAAGCUCCGGAAUUCUUCCGUCAAAAUCAAAACCAGUUCCCUUCAUCAGCUAGAGAAACUCCAUUUCAGCUUGGGUUGAACACCAAUCUCAGCUAUUUUGAGUGGCUUGGUCAGAAUCCAGCUUUGGCAAAAGACUUCCAGCAAUGGAUGGCUCUAAAUCAAAAAGCUACAGCUAGCUGGACGGAUUGGUUUGAUAUACAAAAGCAUAUCAUUGAUGGCUUCGAUUUCCAGUCUCCGGACAACGUGCUGCUUGUGGAUGUUGGUGGAGGCGAGGGAAAAUACAUACAGGAGUUUAAAGAGAACCUGAGUUUUUCUACCGCUCCAGGUCAGCUGGUAUUGCAGGAUCUCCCAAACGUCAUUUCAGCAAUCGAAAAUCCACCUGAUGUGGAGUUGAUGGCGCAUGACUUUUUCACUUCUCAGCCCGUCAAAGGUUAG